AUGAUUGAGGUCGGUGGAACGUUGCUCGAGAAAUCAUCCGUCAAAAAGACAGAAUUAAAUCGCCGUGAACUUGUUAUUCGUGACGAUUUGGAAGAUUUUUUUGAUGAAGGAAUUGUGAAUGAUGAAAACGGUGAGGCGUGUCCACCAGCCGUUCUAUUCCUGGCUUGCAUUCUGCUCGGAGAAAUCACAGCAUUCCUAAGAGAGACGUUUCAGGUUAAACUUGCUCUUUUGAUACUGAAAAGCACUAUGGCAUUGACACUCACAAAUGUACUGAUUUUUUUUCUCCACGUUUCUUUGACGUACGCCAUAAAUCUCUUUGCACCAUUCAUAGCCUCCAUUUCGAAAGAUUUUUUCUAG